AUGCUGAGCCCCGAGCGGCUCUCGCUGCCGGGGCCCGAGUACCUGGCUCAAAGACAUGUCCUCACGUACAUGGAGGAUGCAGUGAGCCAGCUGCUGGAGAACAGAGAAGAUAUUAGUCAGUAUGGCAUUGCCAGGUUCUUCACUGAAUAUUUUAACAGCGUGCGUCAAGGAACACACAUCUUGUUCCGUGAGUUCAGCUUCGUUCAAGCUACCCCUCAUAACAGGGCGUCUUUUCUUCGGACCUUCUGGAGGUGUUUCCGAACAGUGGGGAAAAAUGGAGAUUUGCUGACAGCACAGGAAUACCACUGCCUGCUACAGCUGCUCUGCCCUGACUUCCCAAUGGAACUCACUGAGAAAGCAGCAAGGAUUGUGCUGAUGGAUGAUGCUAUGGAUUGCCUGAUGUCUUUUUCUGAUUUCCUCUUUGCUUUCCAGAUCCAGUUCUACUACUCAGAGUUCCUGGAAAGUGUGGCUGCCAUUUAUCAAGAUCUACUGGCUGGUAAGAAUCCAAAUACUGUGAUUGUGCCAACAUCAUCCUCUGGGCAACAUCGGCAGCGCCAACUCCCAAAUGACUGCAGCCCACUUGAUGGGGUAGAGGCGUCUCUCUUCUACCAGUGCCUAGAGUCCUUGUGUGACAGAUCAAAAUACAGCUGUCCACCCUCUGCUCUUGUGAAGGAAAUGUUGAGUAGUGCACAGAGACUGACCUUCUAUGGAUUCCUUAUGGCACUUGCAAAGGAUCAGGGGAUCAACAGAGCCCUAGGGGCUUUGCCAGAUAAAGGAGACUUGUUUCUGGACCCUGCCAUGGAUCAGGAACUUGAGAAAUUGCUGCCUGACAUUUGUCUUUUCUCUUUCAGGGUAGCUCAGGUUUCAGGGCUUUCCGUCUCUGGUCCCACCAGCUCCAGCGGGGACACAGCUAAUUUGCCUGUCCGUAACUCACCCAGGAUUAACUCUCCCUGGAAACCUCUACACCAUCGGCGAAAAAUGGAUGCAGAGAGUGAAGGCUCCAACGAAGAGACAGACUCCUCUGAAAAUUGAAGGUUGUGAGGGUGGGCACCGUUCCCAUCUUGGGAUUCUCCAGAACCCACUGGAGGAACAGCAGCUCCUCCCAGAGCAUCUGCUCUGACGGUGGGUUCUGUCCACAUCACCAGUGUGUGUGUGUGGCUGUGCCAGUCCCCAUUGCCAGGUCCACCCCUCUCUUCCCAGGAAAAGCUCUGCCUUUUUCCUCGCUGCAAAUUUGCGCAGGAAUAGCUCCUCUCCAGACGCUAUCUCCAGCUGCAGAGUUGUGCUACCCUCUGCUGGCAAGACAAACCAGCAGAUGAUAGCUCUGCAUCCACUUGGAAAUAGCCGGAUAUUCUCUCACCGGGGCUCUUCCUCAGGGUUCAGCAGGUGCUGGAGCAGUGGGAAUGCUAGUGCAGGCCACUUGCCAGUGUUUUGUUGUGUAACUGUGUUCAGACUUGGCCUAGACAAUAGAGUGGUUAAAUCGCCAACGGCAGCUCUGCACUAGUGUUCCAUUGUAACUAGUCCCAGUGAAGUUGCACCUGCAUAUGAUCAAAGGUAGAGAAAUUCCUGAAGUUCCUAGAAAAGAAGGGCUUAGGUAUUGCCAUGCCACCUGUCUCUGCUUCCUCCUCCCUGUGUCCAAGACUUGCCAAAGCAAAUAUAGCAAAUAAGCUAGACUGCAGUAAGUAAAUAAGUAAAAAAGUACUGCACAGUGCUGUCUGGCCCCUCUGCUGUUUGGAGUUCCCUUCUGUGAGGCCUCCCACUGCCUCCAACAGUAUAUUAAGGUAAUUUGGAAAAGCAAGCUUCAGAGUGGUUGGAGGAAAGAGAGAAAAAGUCUUUAAAUUCCUUGACCACAGGUGCUGUGGCUUGCAAACAUACAGAGCAUCUGCUGGGGUUGAGUGGGCAGAAGCACUAGGGGAGAAGGAAGCAGUUAUCAAAUGAGUCCCAGGUAUUUUUUUUUUUUAAAUAUUAGCAUUGUUGUAGCAUCGUACGUAGCUGUUACAACUACAAAGAAAGAGAAGUAAUGUCUUAUUGUGUUAAUGGUAACUAACUCAGCAGUUUGGCCUCCACAGCCCUGCACGCUUCAUCUAGCCCAGCUCCUGUGCCUCAGUUUGCAUGGACUAAUUAUUUCCUGGAGAACUUCAGUUUCUCUUCAUUCUUUGGGAGCCUCCUUGCUCCUCCUGUUCAUAAAAUGCUGCAGCGAGGGCUGCCAGGAGCUGGUAACCCAAAGCUUAUAGGGGCCCUAAGGUGAGUGGGAUUCAACACAUGCUGGAGCUAUUUUAAGCCUAAUCCCGUGUGUCUGUGCCACAGCCCCACCGGUAG